AUGAAGGCCAGUCUUCUCUUCUUGGCGCCGCUCGCCGUCUCGGCAGCACCCGCCCUCGACACUCGCCAGGCGGCCGAGAGCAUCGACAAGCUGUUCAAGGCCAAGGGCAAGCACUACUUUGGCACCUGCGCCGACCAGGGCCGUCUCGGCGCCGGCAAGAACGCGGCCAUCAUCGAGGCCAACUUCGGCCAGGUGACGCCCGAGAAUAGCAUGAAGUGGCAAAGCAUCAACCCCAACCAGGGCAGCUACAACUGGGGCCAGGCCGACUACCUCGUCGACUGGGCCACCCAGCGCAACAUCACCAUCCGCGGCCACACCUUUGUCUGGCACUCGCAGCUCGCCGGCUGGGUCAACAACAUCCGCGACAAGGCCACCCUGACCAAGGCCAUCCAGGACCACAUCACCACCGUCAUGACCCGGUACAAGGGCAAGAUCUACGGCUAUGACGUCAUCAACGAGAUGUUCAACGAGGACGGCUCGCUCCGCAGCAGCGUCUUCUCCAACGUGCUCGGCGAGGACUUUGUCGACAUCGCCUUCAAGGCGGCGCGCGCGGCCGACGCCAACGCAAAGCUGUACAUCAACGACUACAACCUGGACAGCCCCAACGCGGCCAAGGUGACCAACGGCAUGGUCAACCACGUCAAGAAGUGGUUGGCCGCCGGCACCCCCAUCGACGGCAUCGGCACCCAGGGCCACCUCCAGUCCGGCGGCGGCAACGGCCUCGCCGGCGCCAUCAAGACUCUCGCCGCUUCCGGCGUCUCCGAGGUUGCCGUCACCGAGCUCGACAUCCAGAACAGCAACACCAACGACUACACCGCCGUCACCCAGGGCUGCCUCGACGAGCCCAAGUGCGUUGGUAUCACCGUCUGGGGUGUGCGCGACCCUGACUCGUGGCGUCCUCAGGGCAACCCGCUUCUCUUCGACAGCAACUACAACCCCAAGGCCAACUACAACGCCAUCGUCAGCCUUCUGUCCAAGUAA